UGCUUUGGCUUCGGCAAACAAACUUCUGUAGUCAGGGUGAGCUCGGAACUUUCUGUGCCAGUUCAGUUGGUUUGUCCUCAGUUUUCUGACUUAAACGGGAUGUAAUGAGUGUUUACUCCUGCAAGAAUAUCUUGUAAGCCGCGAUAUCGGGAUGGCCAGUGAAGGACAGACUCUAGGGGACCGGAGGAUGAGCGCGGUCGGGGCGGGGAGGGCGGUGUUGCCGAGGCGGCGUACCCGGCGUGUCGUUGCCGUCAGCAAGAAGAAAAUCGUGGAGGACGAGUUCAUGGCAGCCGCGAUCGGCGACGUCAAGUGGUUGGAGCAAAGUCUGAGGGAUGGGAGAUCUACCACGGCUAUGGACAAAAACGGUCUUGCAACCAUCCAUCUAGCUGCCCUGCAUGGCCGCCUGGAGUGCCUGAAGCUCCUGGUGGAGAAGUACAAGGUGGACGUGGACUUCCCCAGCAGUACCGGCUGGCGGGCAGUUCAUCUGGUCAUCAACAAGGAGACAGGGAAGAGGGCGCACAAAUGUCUGCAGUAUCUUCUAGAGAAGGGAGCUGACCCUUCUGCCAUGAAUGAUGACAGCCUGACACCUGUCCAUCAGGCGGCCAGUGAGGGGCUGGUCGACUGCCUUCAGCUGCUCAUCGAUUGUAGGGGAGUGGUUGAUGUCAUAGAUGUCAGGGGUCAUCGACCUAUUGACCUUGCCAAAUUGUGGGGUCACAGGAAAUGUGCAAGAAUGCUUGCAUCUGUCAUGUGGUCCCAAGAGAAAGAGUUCUUUGCCAAGGAGAUGAGGCAACUUGGCCAGGUCACAGCCAAGUACUGGGACUUUGAACGGGACACAGCAGAGACGAAACGUGCUGAGCAGGACUUCUACGGACAGGUUGCAUUUGGUAAUUGGAUAGAUGAUAAAGGUCUCCCUGCAAAACUCAAGCAGAUAGACUUCCUCUCGCGCCCAGAGCAGUUCCCUGCAAAGCCCAGCACCACAAAGUCUAAAACAAGCACACGGUCUGGAGAGGGCACUACCACUGGCUCUGGACUGUAUAGACCUAACAGCAAACUAGCAGCACCCACAGUGUCUAGUGUCAAGAAAGAGGAUGUCCUUAGGGGUAUUCAGACCACCACUCAAAAGUUUCCAGUAAGAGAACAGGGGCUGAGACCCCCUACCCAGCCUCCACCAGAGAUCGUAGAACACCCAGCAUCUCCUUCAAAAUCCCCUGAUUCACCCAGAAAGGACAUGAAGGCAAACCACACAAAGGAAUGGAAACAAUUCUUUACAAACAUAGAGUCCGAGCCCAAAACUGACAUCUUCCGUCCACACGAGGUGCGCAGAAGUGUAGAACCAGAGGACAACAACCCUUUCGAAGGACUCCGGCGCACCAAAUCUCAACCGAUCACAAGCCAUUUGGGGUAUGAUCUUAAGGAGAUUGAGAGACCAGUAACGUCCGGUGGCUUGCGCAUGCCAGUGUUGCCAGAAGAGGUCAUCAGGCGAGGCUUGUCACGACAGCGGCUGCCGCACGAGCGGAUCAAGAUGCCACAAGAGUUCAAGUGUGUGAAUAUCAUCGACGUCCAACAGAAGAGGCUCCCGGAUCCUGAGGUACGACAGGGCGAGGCAGCCAUGCAUCUGGCCCAGACACUGGAGUCCAACUUGUUCCAGCUGGCUGUCGGAGACAAUGCAUGUAGGAUGAGCACUGGCAACUCCUCAACAGCGACCUCUAGCACCGACAUCCAGUACUCCAGGGAGAGGGUGAUGAACACAAUGAAGAGGCUGGAGAAGCCCAAGCCCUUCCCUGCAAUGCCAGGGCCUGACUAUGUGCUGAACCUGAGUGGAACAAUGGGGGUGUAGCCUAAGGUAUCAGUGGAAGUCAGGAUUUUUUAGCAACACCUCAGGGGCAGAGAUCUAAAUUUCAUCUUUGCUACUUCUGUGAUUAUAGAACCAGAGGUGAUGAUGUUAAUUUUCCCCCUUCAACUUCUGAAGUUUGAAUUUGAGAUGUAUCAUCUUGCAAAAACAGUUCAAAUUUGUGAAGAGAGG